AUGCAUGUGACAAGACGUUUGAGCAGUGACACACAUAAUCUGCGGACCGAGACCUUGCACCGGCAAUACGAACCCGUAAGAAUCUCUAUUUUACAUGAACAACUUUGUUUCAUUUCUGGGAAAAAAUGGGAUCUUGUUCAUUUCUGGGAUAAGUAUCCCAAAGCACCCGAUGGCUCGGCUAGGAAGGUCGAAGCCCGGAAGCAGUUUAUGGAAGCUAUGUCUCAUAGGAUGCAUAUAGACAACAGUGUUAAACUGAUUGGCCCGCUUUUAUUCGGGAUCGAAAGGGGCUCGGAAGUUCUAAACACCGUUCGACCAGCCGGUCAACCUCUUGUGAGAACCUUCAAGACGCACUGCAGAUCACUGUCGCAGUACGGGCUGAAACACAUGCGUUCCUUUGCGAACAUCUGCAAUGCCGAAAUUCAGAUGGCCGACGCAGCCGCACAAGCUUGUGCCGACAUUCCUUCGGGACGCUGGGGUUCUCUUGAGAAAGGGAUCAGUGCAUAG